AUGAGGAUACCCUUUAUGCUACUCCGACUGAUUUCAUCACUAAGUCUUGCCACAACUCUGACACUAGCAAUAACUUUGUCCAAGGACGGUUGUCCGUCAAAGUGCGGAAAUAUCACAAUUCCGUAUCCUUUUGGCAUUGGUUCUUCAUGCAGUGCUAAUUCCUCCUUCGAAAUCGUUUGCCGAUAUUCGACCAACAUUAUUCCUCCAAGGGCGAUACCAUUCCUGAGCAGCAUUAGUUUGGAAUUAUUUAAUAUAUCUUUGCAGGGUACAAUCACAAUAAACAACCCCGUUAAACCGAUGCAUUACUAUAGUAUCCAGGAAACACGAUAUUUUGUAGCAUCACUCGCACAAAGUCCAUUUACCAUCUCAAGUCAGCACAAUUUGAUGGUUGUUUUAGGCUGUCAGAAUUCGGUCUGGAUGCGUGCUAAUAACACGGCAACGGCAGUCGGCGGAUGCAUAGCCAUCUGUGAUGCUAAUUUAACAGACACCAAUUGUAAUGGUAUUAACUGCUGCCAGGCAACAAUCCCACCUCGACUCAAAGGGCUUAAAUAUAGUUACCAAUGCACUAAUCAAGUUGGUACCAAUAACAGCUCAUGUGGUUAUGCUUUCCCUGUCGAAAAGAAAUGGCUCCGAGACGAAUAUAAAAAGCAAAAAGUCCUUCAGAAUAAUCAGUUAAAUCCAUAUGACCCAGAUUUUGUAUCCGCACCACUCGUACUUGAGUGGGAAUUCAACAAACAGGAACUUGAUAGUACAAGUGCUUGCAAGUACUAUUCCAACAACAGUGAAAAUUAUGGUUAUGAAAUUUCCAAAGAUUACGUAUCUUCUGCGCAGUAUUGCUAUUGCAAGAAUGGGUAUGAAGGGAAUCCAUAUCUACCUCAAGGAUGCAAUUACAUAGAUGAAUGUGGCCCUAAUGCAACGAUUCAGCAUUGCAAUGGUAAAGAUUGUUUCAACAGAGGAGGAAGUUACAUAUGUGGUCCCAGUCCCAGUGGAUAUGUCAAUUAUGAAAUAUACAUCGGCAUUGGCAGUGGUCUUGGAGCACUAAUUUUUUUCUGGGGAGGGUGGAGGUUCACCAAAUUCAUCAUAAAAAAAAUCAAAGCUAACCGUAAACGCGAGUUGUUUAAGAAAAAAUUACAGCAACAUUUGUCUUCAAGUGACAAUGGCCUAGACAAAACCAAAUUGUUCCGUUUCAAGGAGUUAGCAAAAGCUACCGAUCAUUACAACGUAAAUCGUAUACUUGGUCGUGGCGGCCAAGGUACAGUCUACAAAGGAAUGCUGACAGAUGGAAGAAUCGUUGCAGUAAAAAAGUCAAUGAAGAUAGAAGAAGGUGAUCUCGAAGUCUUCAUCAAUGAGGUUGUUAUCCUAUCACAAAUAAACCAUAGAAAUAUAGUUAAACUGUUGGGAUGUUGUCUAGACACUGUAAUUCCCCUUCUCGUGUACGAGUUCAUCCCCAACGGCACACUCUUCCAACACGUGCACGAUCCAACCGAGGAGUUCCCUUUAUUUUGGGAAAUGCGAGUCCGUAUUGCAAGAGAAGUAGCGGGGGCGCUCUCGUACUUGCACUCUUCUGCAUCUGCACCUAUUUAUCACAGGGAUAUCAAAUCGACGAAUAUAUUAUUGGACGAUAAGUAUCGUGCCAAAGUAGCUGAUUUCGGGACAUCAAGAUCAGUUGGUAUCGAUCAGACACAUUUGACUACACGAGUACAAGGGACCAGUGGCGGAUCCAGGACGAAAAUUCAGGGUAUGCCGGCUGUGCCGAGACAAGAAUUUACUGUACUGUGGGGUUAA